AUGUUUGAGGCCGGGGUUUUGAACGGUCUCACUCGGAUCAGUGUUGAGCUUGGAAGUAGUAAAAGUCGUAGUGAUGAUGAUUUUGUGGACCGGGUCAAUCACUCGUACACCACUACGGUUCUCAUGUUGUGCACCCUGAUUGUCCUCGGACGACAGUUUAUCGGGAAACCCAUGUCCUGUUGGACACCGAAUGAGUUUACCGGUGCCCAAGUCGAAUACGCCACCCUGGUGUGUUGGGUCACAUCAACCUACUUUAUUCCACCCAAUCAAGCCACGAUCCCAGCAGAUCUAACUGUGAGACGGAAAGAUUCCAUACACUAUUAUCAAUGGGUUCCGUUCAUACUGAUGUUUCAAGCUGCGAUAUACCGCAAACAUUUCUAUCUGUAUCUGGUUCGUGAUGAACCAGUCACUUUGGUUGGUUCCGGUCGACUGGCGUAA